AAUUAUGGGUACAAAACUGUUAUGACAUGGUAUAUGAUUGAUUUGACCUGAUGGUUGUACGUUUGGAUCUUCGUAACCUUCAACAUUAACAAUUGAUUUAAUCACAAGAUAUGUCGGAUAUAUGCAAAUUACAAUUCGGUAAGUUGUGUUAUUUUUUUGGUGCACAACAAAAGAAAAGGAGUUCACGGGCCGGAUGGAGUCCGAUGGGUGGAACUGGCAGGCCCAGUAAUUUAUCCGAGUUGGUCUGGGUCGGGCCCACUAACAUGCCUUCUUCUCUCGUUCUUCUUCCCCGUUUCCCUCCCUAUUUAUUUUCCCUCUCGACACUCGAGGACAAUCCUCCACCACACCAUACCCCUGGAAAAACAAAAAGGAAAAAACUCUAAAAACAAAAACAAAAGCUGAAGCGCAGACUCAGAGAGAAAGAAAGAGAAAAAUAGAGCGAGACAGACUCUUCUCCCCCGAGAGAUUAUUCCUCCGUCGCCCUUCCUCGCCUGAGCUUUCCUUCUCUCUUCACGCACAGCAAUGGCCGAUCAGCUCACCGACGACCAGAUCUCCGAGUUCAAGGAGGCCUUCAGCCUAUUCGACAAGGACGGCGAUGGUUGCAUCACCACCAAGGAGCUCGGAACUGUGAUGCGUUCGCUGGGACAGAACCCAACUGAAGCCGAGCUUCAAGACAUGAUUAACGAGGUCGAUGCCGAUGGCAACGGCACCAUCGAUUUCCCCGAGUUCCUCAACCUCAUGGCCCGCAAGAUGAAGGACACUGACUCCGAGGAGGAGCUCAAGGAGGCCUUCCGGGUGUUCGACAAGGACCAGAACGGCUUCAUCUCUGCAGCUGAGCUCCGUCACGUAAUGACGAAUCUUGGGGAGAAGCUGACCGACGAGGAGGUCGAUGAGAUGAUCCGUGAGGCUGAUGUGGAUGGUGAUGGCCAGAUCAACUACGAGGAGUUUGUCAAAGUCAUGAUGGCCAAGUGAGGACUACUACCUACUACUCCCACACUCUUAUCUCAAAAAAACCCUAGAAAAGCAUUUUCAAAAAGGGGGUAGGAAAAGCAAUAGGGAACAGGGCAGACUAGUCUGAUGAUGAGAAUUUCCAGUUUACCAUUAGGACUUCAUGUCGAUUGGGUCUUUGUUUUCAAUUAGCGUUCGGUUGGGGUUUGAUCGGUCUGGUUUGUCUUCAGUUUGCAUUGUUUCUGUAUUCAGUUUCUCUUUGCUGGGUCUCUACUUGUUUGUUCUGUUCCCCGGGUUUAGUAGUCUGCUUGUUGUUAGCUUUUUUUCUGAUAUAAUGUUUUUGCUUAUCGUGAACCUAGAACAAUUGGGAUAAUUGGAUGUUUUUGUCUUAUGGAUUGACUAAAUUUUGUUGAUAUUUCCAAAUUCUGAACUCUCUUUCUUGGUCUGUUGGACAUAUGAAUGAAUGACUGUGAAAGCACAGAGUCUUCCAGGUCCAGAGUACAUGGUGAAUGUAGUGAAAGUUUGUGAUCAAAUUUUGGUAGCUACUGGUUUUGUGGGGAGACUUUGAUCUGGUUUUGGCAGAUAGCUACUGAUUAUGGUUAUGGUCCUUGUCAAUCAAAGCCAUCAAGGGGUUUAGCAAUGGUGCUUCCCAGUUUGGCCCUUACAUUUGAGAUCCAUUGGAACUCAGAUCGAAACAGAUUUGUGUUCGAAAACGGGUUUUACAGUUUCAUCCUCUUAAGUUUUUUUAUCUCUUCAAACGUCUUAGUUGAGUUCGGUUUCUUUUCAAACAUCACUGGUGUUUUGUCAUCAUCAUCGUCAUCGUUCUUCCCCACGUAUUAGAGCUCGAAAUUCUUUCGCGGUCGUGCUCCCUCCCUCCUUUUAUAAGGAGAAUGAAAUCUAGGAAAAACUGUGCAAACGCAUAUCAAUCCUUUUCAAGCUAUGGCUUGGAAGAGGUUGAUAUCGAAACUUGCUUUGUUUUUUUUUUUAUCCCGGUGCAAUUUUCCGAAUGGCUAAGGGUUGCAGAUGAUCUAUGGUGGGAUUCAGUUCUUCAAACCAACUGAUAUAAGUCGCAUCUGCUUUUCGUGGAAACGAUUGAUUGUGAUUUGUGAGGGAGGAGAGCACGCUCCGAAUUUAGAAUGCUUUCCGUUUAAUUUCGAUCGCGCGGUGAAUCGAUUUAGGGAUAAGAGGAGAAUGACAUGAGUUGGGAAGCCACUAUUAUCACCAUCUAUUUUCCCUCUUUUGUCCAUUUGUAUUGAACACAUUCCAUCCUUUUCAAUCCUACUAAUGUGUUGAUAUAAAACAAAAACCAACUAAUUUGAACAACACAUAAACAAUAGAAGUAGAUGCUUAUAAUGUUGACGAGAACCGACGAAAAAUGCACUUGUUACUCAUAGUCUCUAGCCAAUGUGUACUCAGAUAGUAAGGCGAUAGAUCAGAGCUAGACUAACAACUUUUCCAAACUCUAUUCACGUAUACAAACUAUAAAUUAGCACCACUCAAAUACGUUCUCUGUCCGGAAUAGUCGGUGUUAUUUUUUAAACAGUCUCUUUUCGUUAAAAAAAAAACCUUUAUCAUUGGUUUCAACAAAUUUUACCUCCAAUGAUCUUUUGCACUUACCACAAGAGAUUAUUCUCCCAAAUAACGUAUCACCCAUCCCCUCAACAAAUUAUAGGCCUUUGAAUUGAGAACCGAACAAACAACCAUAUGCAGACUUCUCACAAUAUUUUUAACUACUCUUGUUUGUGUGUUUGAUUGGGUGCAGAAGGAGGUCAAUGAGAAGCGAGAGCGUCCAACAUGAAAGGGUCAAGUUUAGAAAGAUCUGCUUGAAAGUCUGUGUAAUCCUCUGAAUUAGCCAUAGUAAGCAAAAGGUAAAAAGAAAGUAAAAUCAGGGAUGCCAUUUGGAUGGGUUGAAGGGAGAAAUGGAAAUAGGGUGAUGGACUAGUGUACAUUUGAUGUGUGUGUUAUGUAUGUGUAUAUGUAAAAUGUCACGUUUAUGGAGGGAAAUGAAAGAGUACCGGUUUU